AACCUACAGACAGAGCCACACGCAGACUCCCAGGAGCAGCUCAGAUACAGGUCUCUAAGAACAGUGUGUGAUUGAGAUCAGUUCAUGGCUGCGUUGCCCCCGGGGAUCCGUCUCUUCGUGUCCCUGUCCCGGGAUCAGUGGUUUCGGGCUCUGGUUCUGGUUCUGACCUUUCUGUUUUACUGCAGCUUUCAUCUGUCCCGAAAACCAAUCACAAUAGUGAAGGGGGAGCUGCACAGACAUUGCUCAGAGCCACACGAGGUUGAGCUCCACAGUUACAAGGAGUUUGUGAUUCACAAUCAGGGGCCCCUUUACUCAGAGCAGAAUGCGUCUCGCUGCGGCUGGGCCCCAUUUGAUAAAAAGAAUUAUAAGCAGCUCCUGGGGGCUCUGGACUAUUCCUUCCUCUGCGCCUAUGCCAUUGGCAUGUUCCUCAGUGGGAUGAUCGGGGAGCGCUUGCCUCUCAGGUAUUUCCUCUCCUGCGGGAUGUUGGCCAGUGGCUUAUUUACUGCCCUAUUUGGCUUUGGAUAUUUCUACAAUAUUCACAACCUGUCCUACUACAUCAUCAUACAGGUACUGAAUGGUUUGGUUCAGACCACCGGUUGGCCGAGCGUAGUCACCUGCAUUGGAAACUGGUUUGGGAAAGGAAAGAGAGGCCUCAUCAUGGGAGUGUGGAACUCACACACAUCAGUGGGCAACAUCCUGGGCUCUCUUAUUGCUGGAUACUGGGUGUCAAACUGCUGGGGGAUGUCCUUCUUGGUGCCCGGAAUGAUCAUCUCCUUCAUGGGCAUCAUCUGCUUCCUCUUCCUUGUAGAGCAUCCCCAGGAUAUCAAGUCUGAGGCCACACCAGCCCCUCAAGGUUGCCAUGUAUAUAAAGUCCAAAACAAGUUACUACAGAUGGCAGAGGCUCCGGAGCAACAGGAGUUUCAGGACAUGCUUGGACCUUCUCCCAUCUAUCCCACCCAUCAUGUCAUUGUCCUACAGAAAGAGAUCAAAAUUGCAGGAAAUGGAUCUGCUGCCAUCAGUUUCCUGGGGGCUCUCAAAAUCCCGGGGGUAGUGGAAUUCUCCAUGUGUUUGCUUUUUGCUAAACUGGUCAGUUACACGUUCCUCUUCUGGUUGCCCCUUUACAUCAAAAAUGUGGGUCACAUGGAUGUCCGGCGUGCUGGGGACCUUUCCACACUGUUUGAUGUUGGGGGAAUUAUUGGUGGAAUUGUGGCUGGGGUCAUAUCUGAUAAAGCUCAGAAGCGUGCCACCACCUGUGGAUUCAUGUUACUCUGUUCGGCCCCCACAUUGUAUUUCUUCUCGUCGGUCAGUAACAUGGGGGCAGGUUUCACUGUUGGAAUGCUGCUGGUCUGUGGGGCCCUGGUGAAUGGCCCUUACUCUCUCAUUACAACGGCUGUGUCUGCUGAUCUGGGGACCCACAAAUCUCUGAAAGGCAAUGCUCAUGCUCUGUCUACUGUCACUGCCAUCAUUGAUGGGACUGGGUCUGUGGGUGCUGCUCUAGGGCCACUGCUCGCUGGACUCCUGUCCCCGUAUGGAUGGGACAAUGUGUUCUUUAUGCUCAUGCUGAGUGAUGCUCUUGCCCUCCUGUUUCUGUUGCGGCUCAUAAGGAAGGAACUCAGCUGCCGCCGGCCAAACGUACAAGAGAUUACAGAAUAUAAAGAGCACUGAGCAGUCUCCUCUCUAUUUUGUGUGCUAGUGAGUGUGUGCUAAUGAGUGUGAGUGUGCACAUUUAUACAUGAGAGGCGUGGGCACUGGGCAUAGUGAUCUUAACUGUGUUAUACAGUGUAGUGACAUCAACACGUUUGUGGGCCUUGGAGAAGACGUGGGAAGAUUUGGGGACAUUCACUGUACACAGAAAAAAUGUCUUUUAUAUCAUUUAUCCCUAAGGUUUUUGUAAACGAGGUACAGUACACAGUUUGUGUAUGUGUGUGUGUGUGUGUGUGUAUGUAUAUAUAUAUAUAUAUAUAUAUAUAUAGUGAGUAUGGAGGCAGCUAUGGCUGUGUGUGAGUAUAUAGAUAUAUAGCAGGAGAUUUCCGAGUAUGAAGUUCUAAAGUUUUUAGUGAAGGGGAAAUAUUAUUUAUACAGAUUAUUUAUUUUUUUAUCUCUCAGGGAUUUUCGGGAAUAAUCAAUGUAAAAUUCUUUGAUCAUUCGUGAGCCUUCAGCCUCUGUUUAUUUCUGCUUGGUUACAUUUACUGUGUGUGUGUCAGUUUGUGUGUGUGUUACACUUGCAGUUACAUGACAUGUCAGGUUGAGUGCGAGUGUGUUGUGUACAAUUUGAGCACAAUUCCCAUUCACUGUUAAAUGGCGCUAUUCUUGUAUUGUGGAUAGAAAUUCCUGACUGCAGGAAAGUUGGGAUGUGCACUUUAAUAAUUAAUCCAUUCCAUGCAAAGACUGGUUCUUAUUUAUCCACAGUCUCACCGUCAGUCACUGUCACUUAAAUAAAGAAAUAUCUCCAACUC